CAAACACUCAGUGCAAGGCAAUACAUGUCAUUAUUUAUCAACCUACCCUAAACAGUGGUCUGGUCGUCCCCAAUCUAGCAAACCGAGAACACCUGCGCAGCUCCGCUGCGUCGAGAACACGCCCCCUCCUCCCCCGCCUCUCCUGGUCGGAGCAGCCAGCUCGAUCAGUUUUGAGUUCCCAAUACUGUCUCAACAUGAGCACAGGGCCAAGGACACAAGCUGCCUUCAUCCAGGGGAAACAAAGCGCAUUGGAACGUGACCCCUCCCACUCAGCACUCCUCUACCUUUUCCAAGAGGUGUCCAAACUAGGUUCCCCCGUCCACAACAGUUUCCUGGACACAUGCUCAACUUCCACAGGGCUAAAUGAGACUUCUAGACUAGGCCAUUUCAUUGUUAGAAGAGAAGAAGAGGAUGCACAGUCGUUUAGCAUCUCCAAUAGUUCCUGCCAGCACAGUUUGACUUGCUUGUCGCCUUUUAAUCAGGUGAAAAAAGUGAAAGAGGAAGGCCUCAGCAGCAGUGUCACAAAUUUGGAUGAGCCACGACCUGAAUGCAACAGCCCCUGGAAAGUACUGAGUCUGAUCAACCUGCAGUGUGAGAGGCUUCUGAAUCCCCGUGAUGUUGGAGAGUCAGCCCUAAAUUCUGUGUCAUCUGUUGCAAAAGUGGGCGAUGCAAUAGACAAUGCAUCAGCUGCAAUAGCAAAUGAAACAGAUCAUGAAACGUUUCUCUUUGAGAGGCAAAAAAUCCAUGCAGGUGUCAGUCGGAGGAAAGAUGUGACAGGAGUCAGCAGCGGUGGAGCUGAUAGAUGUAAACCACAGGGCUGUGUGAAGGACUCCCAGAUGAGCUGCUGUGCUCAGUCACAGACUGCUGAAAAAACAGACACUUUCACAACACAGCAGGGGGAGGAACAUGCAACAGCAUCUUCUCAACCACGACACAGAGACACAAAGGAGGACAAGUUCAGUGUAAGCAGACAAUUGAGGUGGAACCAGGAGUGCAAGGAUCGUCUCUCUUCUGAACGGAAUACUGAAAAUGUUUCUGUCGACGCCUUACUUCCUUUUAACUCAAAAGAAGAAACAAGUACAGCUCUGUCAAAGCCAGCUCCUUCACUGGAUCAAAAUGCAAACUUUAUUUUGACUUCACAACUCAAGACUGACACCCAGCUGCCCCAGCUGAGCUCUGUCUGCCUUCGUCACAACCAGCAUCAUUUGUAUUUGUCACAGCGGAACAUUUUCACUCACUCUCAAACCAAAAUGAUAAAUUACAUCAACCAAACCAGAAUGUGUUGAUGGUCCUGUAGAGGAAAAAAUCCCUCCAGUUGCACAACUUAACUUAAACUUUAAAGGACAUAUAAACCCCUCACAUUCUGUUACGUCUGAGCUGGAAUCAGGGCCAGUGCAGGAAAAGGAAAUUGAUCAUCCAUCUACACAGCAGUGGAGAACUAAGACCCCCAGAAAACAACGUCACCCGAGUCGGAGUGCUGAUAUCCAAGACCCAGACUUCCAGGGCGUGACGUUCAGGAUGGACACAGAGCUAGACGACAGUAAAGAACAGUGCCGCUCCUCAUUACUUCAAAGUACAGCAAGGAGCUCUGCAAGAGUGUAAGAAAACCCAGGCUGAGGACUCGAACAGCCCCGAAAUUCUUUAAAACUAGCAGCUCGGAUGAGGAGAACGACCCUACAACCAGUUCUUCUAAGAGUAAAGUGUGUGCAUCAUGCUGCACCAGGAAGACCCCCAUGUGGAGGGAUGCAGAGAUGGGACCCCACUCUGUAAUGCUUGUGGAAUAAGGUAUAAGAAGUACAGAGUGCGCUGUGUCAACUGCUGGCAUAUCCCCAGGAAAGAGAGCAACUCCAACUCAUGCUGCCCCAAGUGUGGAAACUUUGUGAAGCUGACCUCAGCUCAGCGGAAACACUCUGCCUAGGGAACAUGCAAGGAGCAGAGGUUUUUAUGUCCACGUGUGACAGAGCUAUUCACACAAACAAACACGCACACAAGACAACAAUUCAAGACGACACUCACUCGGGGUCCUCUACAAUUAACAAAUAUUAGCCUUAGUCACACAUGCACAAAAUUCCAUAAAACCUCCUGAAGUUUUUCAGGGUAAGCUGCAUGUGUGAACGCAAACGGCUACAUUUUCACUGCCAGCUCCCUGGUAAGUUUUCCCCCGGGAAGUCGGGCGAGCUCAUGUGAGAACGCAGUCGAAAAUAUUUAGAAUAAUUCUCCUCAAGCUUGGUGAGUUUCAUAUCCUGCAAACGACGCAUGAACAUAGACUAUAUGCACGGGACCAGACAAUCUCUGUGCACAUAAUAUCACACUCUCAUUAUGUUUCCUGUUUGCUGGUAUGCUCUGUAUUAAAAAAUUAUAUAAAUGCAGAACUUGCCAUUACAGCGGUCAUGUAGCGGACUCUGCUGCGUCAUCCACCACUUCUUUUUACUUCACGUCUUGCAUCCUGAGACACACUUCCCCAAUCCCGUCUGACAGGGGUAGUCUCCUGCUGUGAGAUGCGUGUGUGAACAAACAGUUUCAGAAGCAGUCUGCCUGAAAUUAUCUAGAAAUGUUCAUGACUGAAUAUGUGAAAACGGCUGUGGAAUAGCAGCACUCGCUUUUCACAUCACGUCUGACUAGAAAAAGUGUUAAUAAUCUUUGAGUGGCAGAGCAACAUUAAUAAUUCUCUUUGGCACGUUGCUGCUCUCAUACAUCAAGGGACAAAACAAACAUGUAAAAGGAGAGCUCCUGAAAAUACUUCAAAAAUAGGUUGGACUUCAAUCUUUACCACACUGGUCCUGUCAGUGCUACCUGCCAACCUGUGUAGCACUAUGUGACAGAAUUUAAAUCACUGGUAUGUUUGUUUUCCCCCUACACAAAGAGGGACACAUAUUAGUAGCAGAGCUGAAAGACGUUCCCAAAGGUGCGGCAGGCUGAAGAGAUUAUAUUAGAAAUAUGCACACUCUGGGGACAGUUUAUUCAUUUUUCAUCAAAUAUCUUCAGUGUUUCUUGUUUAUAAUGCUCUGCGGUGCCAGAUGUCUGUGAGUGUAAAUCAUUUCAGUCCAGGACCCAAAAAACACCAUCCCGAGCACAGCGCCGUGUUCACUGCUAAAUGUACCAAUUUAUUUGUCUUGACUGUGACAGCGUGACUGUCUGCUAAGUUCAGUAGAUACACAUUAAGUUCCCAAAGUUUAAUUAAGUUAUUUAUUGUUUGUUGUCUUUGUCGCUGUUUUGAAGCUUUUUUUGUUGUUGCUUGAAUCUGUUCAUUAAUCUCUCAAGCGUGGCUGUUUUUUUGGUUUUUUUGUGAGAAGAAAAAACUUAAUUUGUGUGGGUU